UUCUGCUGCUGUUGCUGCUGAGAGGACGGCGGGCGGCAGCGGCUAAGAAAGAAGAAAGACGUGGCAGCAAACGGGAGUCGGGGAUAGUGUCGACGGUUCGGUAAAGUUUCUGUUCUCUGGCGUAAUAGAUUGGAACUCAGUGAAGACACAGACAUUGCUGCUGAGAGCAACCAGCUAAUAAUGAUUACGUUUAAAAGACAAUUCCUGUGAUUGAGUUGUCUUUUGGAAGAUUAAACCCAUAUCAAGAGGACUUGGAGCUGGUCCUCGCCUUGAGGAAGCAGUGGCUUGUUUUCAAGAAGCCACUUCUCAUCUGAGGAUCUACUCAGCAUGCCUAAUCAAGGAGAAGACUGCUAUUUUUUUUUCUAUUCUACAUGUACUAAAGGUGACAGCUGUCCAUUCCGUCACUGUGAAGCUGCAUUAGGGAAUGAAACUGUUUGCACAUUAUGGCAGGAAGGGCGCUGUUUUCGACAGGUGUGCAGGUUUCGGCACAUGGAGAUUGAUAAAAAACGCAGUGAGAUUCCUUGUUAUUGGGAAAAUCAGCCAGUGGGAUGUCAGAAACUAAACUGUGCUUUUCAUCACAACAGAGGACGUUUUGUUGAUGGCCUUUUCCUACCUCCAAGCAAAACUGUGUUGCCCACUGUGCCUGAGUCACCAGAAGAGGAAGUGAAGGCUAGCCAGCUCACAGUUCAACAGAGCAAAUUAUCUGUCCAGUCUAAUCCCUCUCCUCAACUGCGAAGUAUUAUGAAAGUAGAAAGUUCAGAAAAUGUUCCUAGCCCUACACAUCCACCAGUGGUAAUCAAUGCUGCAGAUGAUGAUGAAGAUGAUGAUGAUCAGUUUUCUGAGGAAGGUGAUGAAACCAAAACACCUACCCUGCAACCAACUCCUGAAGUUCAUAAUGGAUUACGAGUGGCUUCUGCCCGGAAACCUGGGGUCAAUUUAAAACAAGGUGAAUGUUUGAAUUUUGGGAUAAAAACUCUUGAAGAAAUUAAAUCAAAGAAAAUGAAGGAAAAAUCAAAGAAGCAAGGUGAAGGUUCUUCAGGAGUUUCCAGUCUUUUACUCCAACCACAGACCAUUCCAGGUCCUGAAAAAGAGAAUGUCCGGACUGUGGUGAGGACAGUAACUCUGUCCAACAAACAAGGAGAAGAACCUUUGGUAAGAUUGAGUCUAACGGAGAGACUGGGGAAACACAAAUUUUCAGGAGGUUGCGACAGUGAUCCUCCAUUAAAGCAUAGCCUUGCACAAAGGCUAGGGAAGAAAGUUGAAGCUCCAGAGACUGACACUGACAGAACACCAAAGAAAGUUCAAGUUUCCAAGUCUCUGAAGGAGCGAUUAGGCUUGUCAGCUGGUCUAAACAAUGAGGAGGCAGCAGCAGAGAGAGUUACUAAAGUUGGUGAGAUCCACGUGAAGACAUUAGAAGAAAUUCUUCUCGAAAGAGCCAGUCAAAAACGUGGAGAAUUGCAAACUAAACUCAAGACAGAAGGACCUUCAAAAGUUGAUGAUUCUACAACAGGAACAAGAACCUCCUCCACUGUCCGAAUCAAAACGUUCUCUGAGGUCUUGGCUGAAAAGAAACACCGGCAGCAGGAAGCAGAGAGACAAAAAAGCAAAAAGGAUGUAACCAGCAUCAAGCUAAAGACUGAUAAUGAAAUCAAAAAAACAGUGGUUUUGCCACCUGUAGUAGCCAGCAGAGGACAGUCAGAGGAACCUGCAGGUAGAGCGAAGUCUAUGCAGGAAGUGCAUAUCAAGACGCUGGAGGAAAUUAAACUGGAGAAGGCUCUGAGGGUGCAGCAGAGUUCUGAGAGCAGAACCAGCUCCCAGCCUCAGCCUGAGGCCACCCCAGGGGCAAGACGGCUUCUCCAGAUCACUAAAAGAACAGGUAUAAAAGAAGAGAGGAAACUUAAAGAAGAAAGUGUUGUUGCUUCUCAGAGCAGUGUUACUAGAACAGAGGCUAAAGAGACUUCAGAUGAGACCACAGCAGUUGACGUCACUAAAAUUCAAGUCAAGAGAUGUGAGACAGUGAGAGAAAAGCAUGUGCAGAAACUGUCGGAGAAGCAAAAAUCAGUUUUGGCACGCCUUCGGGGAGAUUUAGACACUUGCAACACCCAGUUAGCAGAGAAACCAGUGCUCGCUACCGUGCCAGACAUCACACGGCUCCUGACUAAACGGCCUCAUUCAAAGAUAUCCCAGAAGACAGAGGUGGAAACCUCAGGGAUUGGGCACUCAAAACUGAAUGUGAAAGGUGCAACACAGACCUUGGAAAAAAGGGGUAAAGCUAAACCUAAAAUGAAUGUGAAGCCAUCUGUGGCUAAAGUUGUCUCAUCACACAAAGUGGCCCAAAAACGCAGGGCAGUGGAGCCCCACUCUGCUGUCAUUGCAUCUGUGAAACCACUCACCUCCAGCAGUGUCCUGCAGAAAAGCCCAGUCAAAAAAGCAGCUGUGGCUGUUGUCCCACUUCUCUCUGAAGACAAAUCAGUCACUGUGCCUGAGACAGAAAAACCUAGAGACAGUUUUGUGCUGCCUCCAACCCAGUCCUCUUCAGAUCCUUCCCCACCAGAAGUAUCUGGCCCUUCCUCAUCCCAGGUGGCCACAAAAACUCGCCGACUCAGCUCUGCCUCAACAGGAAAGCCGCUACUGUCUAUGGAGGAUGAUUUUGAGAAAUUAAUAUGGGAGAUUUCAGGAGGCAAAUUAGAAGCUGAGAUUGACUUGGAUCCUGGGAAGGAUGAAGAUGACCUUCUGCUUGAGCUAUCAGAAAUGAUUGAUAGCUGAAGGUUGUAGUAGAACAUUUAAAACAAAAACACAAAAAAAAGACUCACCAAAAACUGGACUUAGUUUCAUCUAUUAUAACAUUUAUCCAAAAUGAUCAUUUCUUUAGUCUAGAAUUUUCCCCAAAUAAGAAAUAUACCUCUGAAUUAUCCAUGUGUGUUCUGGAUUCCUUGGGGUCAGAUUUUUAAAGUCCCUUGGUAGUCGUUUUGUCCAUUUGAUGCCAUUGUUUAGCAUCUUUGAGAAAAAAGUUCUGUCUUACCCCUCUCUCCACAAAAAGACUGAGCGGGAGACCUAAGUGAAAGGGUACAAGAAAACUUAGUGACUCCUUGAGGUGUUUGUCAGUUUUGACUUUUUUCCCCUUUGUUGUAUUAUUUCUUUUAUGUAUUAUCCUAAUGUACCUACUGUUACCUGAGUUUGAAAAGGAUGAAGACAGCUGCUACCAUUAAGGACCAAAUUUCAUGCCACCACUAAACAAAAAAAUCCACUCAGUCUGUGUUAAAUUGUACGUCUUUUUAAAGGUAUUUGGAAAAUUCAACUAAGCCUCUAGAGACAGCUGAGCAGCUCAGGAAACCUGUAAUCUGGACAUAACUUUUUGGAUGUGAUUUUCAUGCUUCUACUGCUCUGUAAGCCUCUGAAGAGCAAUAGCUGAUUUAUUAUUACUGUAAGUUUUUAAGGCUUUAAAGUGCCUCAGGGGUCCUCUGAAACUAAUUUUCUAUUUCUGGGAUUCCUUGGAUUCUUAAUAAGAGAUGGUGACAUAAUGAUUACAGGAAUUUAUUUUUUAGUAAGAAAGUUGUCCCUUCUCUUCUUCAGUACUUGCCACCUUACUAGCAUUGAAUUAUCACAGGGAUAAAAAUUGGUUAACUUUUAAUUUCUAAUUCUCCUAGCAAACUCCUCUUGCCCAGUAUUUAUUUGGUGCCCUUUAAACACCUGAGGGGGGCGGAAAUGAACUCAUUCAAGCUGCCAUUAUUUAUCUAUGGACUGUAGCAGUAUGCUGAAUUGUACAGUAGCAGGGAUUAUCAAGAUGCUCUGGGGGUGUAUUGUAUACCUUCCAGUUUUCUUCAUUUCCGAAUUGAAUUUUCUUUUCUUGAUGUUGGUGUCCUUCAUAUCACCUCAAGGUUUAGACUGUGAAGGAACAAGUAUGAUGGGAAUAAUAGUCUUGAAAGGAGACAUACUGUGCAUAAUCAGAAGGAAGAGGAAAGGACCUGCCCAUUUUGAUAUUUUGCUAUAGGUGGCUGGUUUUGUUUCUCAUAGGGAAAUCUGACCCACCUGUCAUGUUGGCUCCUAAGGAACUGCUGUUGUAAGCGGCUCAUCAAGAGUUGAACUUCAUGUAGCGUUUUUGGGAAUAUGGAAAAGGAAGAAAGCCACAGGAUUGCCCAUUCAGUUUUGGGAAGAUCUGGAUGAUUCUACACAAGCAAAACUGACUUGAAAUUUAUGUACAGACACUUCUCUACCAAUCCAUCUUCAGCUGACUGAAUGUUAUCUAAUAGCCCUUCUCCAAAGCAAGGGUGGAAUGUUCUGGUUUCACCGCAAAUUUUCUACUCAUUUCAUUUUUGGAAUCGGCUUGUAGAUUCCAGGUCCCUUUUGUAUAUAACCUUUAUUCUUUUGCUUUUUUAAAAAUUUUGUUUCAUAUUUAAAGCCCUGUAUUAGUCAAUGAUUCAUUUUCAGCAUUAUUUGAACCAUUUGCCAUUACAGAAAGAGAAAUACUUUAUUUGUGUUUUAAAUAAAGCUGGUGUAGGAAAGUCUUGCUGUUAUGAGUUAAGUAGUCGUACAUCACUUCAGCCUGGGAUCUGCCUCAAUAGAGGCCCAGUUUCACAGAUACUAUUGGUCUUUAGAAACCUUUUACAGAGACAUACUGCCAGACUUCUCCACAAGUAUGCUCAGUUUUAGUUGCAUUUGCUUUAGGUAAGAAUAAAUACUAUUAUAUGUGAGGAUUUUUUCUGACACUGAUACUUAGCCAUUAGCAUUGUAACUCGAGUAAUGUCAUUAAUUUUUUUAAAGGAGAGAGGGUUUAGAAGUGAUCUUAGAUGGUUCCAACAAUUUAGAAUUUUCAAGCAUGAAGGCAUAUAAAAUUUUUACUUCAGGAAAGUCCAGUUUUUUGUUAUGGGAAUACAUAUAAAUUUUAUAAUUUACCAGAGAGUAUAGAUUUUCCCAAAUAGUCUAAAAGUAGUCCCCAAAAAGUUGAGUCAGCUUUUCACAGAAAGCAGAACCGAUUGUUCAGUUUUGAGUGAUGAUGGUUUUCAGUUUUAACAGGAAAAGGGCCCAAAUGUUGUAGAACUUGGUCAUAGCAUAGCCAGAACUUUCAAGAUAAUUUGCAGCUCAUGUAUUUGUCUCAAUAAAUGAUCCUUAAAGUUCUGGCCUUAACCUCAAGUUCCAGUGGAUCCUCUCACAUACGACCAGAACAUAGUUUGUUUUCAUCUCAACCAAUCUUUGGUCGAUGUUUAAUUACAGUUUCAGAAAUAAAGCUUGUUCUCUAUA